GCGUCGAGAAGUGUCAUAUUGCAUGAACAAAAAAUAUUUAGCGAAUUUUUAAUGGAUAAUGAAGACUUAAAUGAACAAAUAAAUCUUUUGAGUUUAUGUUUUUAUUCAGGCGAAGGGCCUAGAAAAAGCAGAACGUGAUCUCGUCUGUGCAGUUGUGAUGUCGCUUCAAUAAAAGAACCCUCCUUGUACAUCAUGGAAUCGGAUAAUGAUGUAACAGAGAUGUUGGAAGUACCUGGCCACUUUCAAAAGCCUCACCAGAUAUUUAUUUCGGAGCAAGCUGACUGGUCAUUUGAAAAUAGUGCUCAGGAGGAAACUGAUCCUUUAUGCAUUGAAGAAGAUCAGGACGGCAAGAAUCUGGGAGGAGGAGAGAAACGACCCACGGUGUGGCCGCCGGUGAAAAAUCGUGUUAUUAAAGAAGAGCCAGUCAAGCGAGCCGACGUGAAUUUUCCACCGUUGGAUUUGACUGUGAAGCGAGAAAAGGGUGCCGCGGAUUCGCCACCAAGUGAUGGAUUCAGAGUGUCUGCUAUUCCUCAUGUUAAAGAGAUACAUCAUUCGACAGUUGUCACGUCCGACAGUACAGGAAUUAUACCAGCAUCGGAGCGUGCCAUAGGUGUUGGAACUGUGAAGGCGGAGCCCUCGUCACCUCUGCCACCUUACGUCAGUUAUGUCGGCAACACGGGGCCGGGAAGCUCUUUGAGAGAUGGAGAGGGUACUGCAGCCUUCCUAGAAAAAGAAGACGAUGACGAAGUCGAGGUGGUACCCCACAAUCCAGUUGUCUGUCCUGCGCACGCCAGGAAACGGAUAGUGUAUUCCCAGAUGCUCACUAUGGCUAUCAUGGAUUCCCCAAACUGGCGCAUCUCGUUGCGUGAGAUCUAUAGAUACACCAGGAGGAACUUCCCGUGUGUCAGGUAUCGGAACAACUGGGAGAAUUCCAUCAGGCACAUCCUGUCCAUCAGCCCACUCUUCGUGAAGGCGCAGCGCACACCCAAGCGCAAUGCCCACUAUUGGUCAGUCGUGCCUUCGUUCGCGGACACACUGCGGGAGAACUUCAGCUCGCCCAACCAGUACUGCUGCAAGUGGCAGCUGGUGAACCGACUGCAGCGCCACUGCACCCAGACACUGCCUCGCAAGCGGCCGCCGCAGUAUGCCCAGGGCCGGCUCUGCGAGCCCUCUACCCGUUGCAAAACGAGCAAGAGCUCAUCAUCCACUCGGAAGAAAACUCCACACAGUUCGUCGGGAGACAGCCGUCGCGUAGGUCCGAGGAAGCCACAACGUCCAAAUUUGGCCACGUCCGUUGCACACUUUAAAACUGAAACAAGGGACGAGUUGGACUGGGGCUCAGAAGAUUUUCUCGGCCAUGCACCGCCCCUCAAACCGCUCAUUGCACGGGCCAUCAUGCUGUCCCCGUACAGGCACGUACCGUUAUCGGUGAUCUACGCAUACUGCAUAAGGCACUGCCCGUACUACAAGAACUACAGGUGGCAGUGCCAGAUGCUCAUUAAGAGCAUCCUGGCCAGUGAGGCGUGUUUCAAGAGGCUGUCACAGGAGGAUGACAACAGGACGGACUACUGGACAUUUGAUAUGCGAUACAAGGAUUUGUUGGAAAGAGACACCUGCAAGCCACCAGGUGACGAUCUCGAUGCUGCGUACCGUAACAUCUGGGAGCACGAUCACGGACUUUACCCCAAGCGGUUGGAAUCGCAUCUGGACGAGACCGACAGCACCGGGCAGUGCUUCCGUCCCGUCAGCUCACCCGACAGCCAGCUCACGGACACGGCCUCUGAGUCCGGCUCGGAUACUGACGAAGUCCCGAGCCUGCUACAGGGGCUGUCGCAGAGCUGUCCUCCUGACACUGGACGCAGUGGAGGAGGUGCGACGAACGGAAAUAGGUCGACGAUAGGUGACGGUGGAAGUGGACGCGGGUGUAGUCCAAAGCAAACCAGCGUGUGCGACUCCUAUCUGGAAACCCUCCCGAGACACAAGAAGCAGCAUUCGGGUUAUCUAUUUGUGGACCAACCCACUGAUGUGCUGGACAUUAAAGAGGAACCGCUCCCUGAAGAAUUACCCAUGGUAGACAUUUAUACUGAAGAAAACGGAGAACAAACGCCAAGCAUGUGUACUACACUUCUGGAUGCUGAUGUCUUCAGACCAGUGAAAAUCAAACAAGAGAAGGACGAAUAUCUCGUUCCUGUUAAAUAUGAAAUGGUUGAUACUCUGUGCUAAUACUGCUGUGAAGUUGCAAGGGAAAUAGAUCCUACUGGAAAGGAGAAUUUUUGGACUGUUUACAUCUGAAUGGUGACCAACCUGUGGUUUCUGAUCAGCAGAAAGAAGACAGAACAUUCCUCAAUCAUUGACAGCUGUGAAAAAUGUGGGUCAGUUCAACUCGCUGAAACUUACCACUGAAAAGUGUUACAAGAAGUGGGAGAAGUAUUCUGGUAGGUUUCACAAAUUGUACACCGAAAUGUUCUCAGAUGAGAGAGUCAUUUUCCAAAAGUGUUACAUAAACUCGGUAGGUUAAUGUAAUGAAAGUCUGAUGGUGUAUUACUUGUACACAUGACAAGUGAGCAGGUGACAGUUUGAAAGUUUACUGGAAGUUUUGGCACAUUACUCGUGCACUCGACAGAUAAGCAAGUGACAUUUUCAAAUUUUACUGGAAGUUUCAUGGUGUUAAGCAAACAGUUAUUUGUCGCAAACUGUAAAUAUUAAGGAAAUGGGUAUCUUGAUCAGGAAUCUAUUCAUCCAGAUAUUAUUGUUUACCAGAUGGAGUUACCCACUAGUGUGUUGGUAAUCCAGAAUUACUGAACUGUAAUAACAUAUAUUGUACUCUCAGCAUGAGGAGAAAUUUUCCACGAAUAUUAACAUGAUACAGUUGUCUUCCAGUGUGAUGGAACUGAAGAAAUGAAUGUUUUGGAAAGUACUUGCCUCAGAUUUGUAGCCAGAGUAGUAAUAUACUUUGUGUAAAAGAGAUGAUUGAGGUUUGAGGUACAGUGUGGAGUCACUUUGAGUUGAUUAGUGAAGUGGUUAAUGUAUGGGAUUCAUGUUCGGAAGCAGUGGCAUUUAGUUACCAUCUAGUUUUAGGUUUUUGUUGGUUGAAUCAAUUGGGGCACAAUGUCCAUUGUUACCAAUAAAAGUAAGGCAUGUUUGCAUUUGUUUAUGAUUAUUAA